AUGGCCCUCAGGAGGCAGGCAGGUGCACGGGCCACUGGGGUCCUGUGGGGCCUGUCCAGUGUGCGGGCCCUGGGCACCAGGGUCUCUGCAGCCGGCCAGGCAGUGCUGCCCUUUGAAGCCAUUCCCCAGUGUCCUGGCAACAAGUGGGUGAGGAUGCUGCGUGUCUGGAAGGAGCAGGGCCAGGAGAACCUGCAUCUGGAGAUGGAGAGGCACUUCCACGAGCUGGGGCCCAUCUUCAGGUACGACGUAGGAGGGGUUCCCAUGGUGAAUGUGAUGCUGCCCAAGGACGUGGAGCGGCUACAGCAGGUGGACAGCCUGUACCCCUACCGGGUGCCCAUAAUGCCCUGGCUGGCCUACAGACACCAUCGUGGACACAAACUUGGCGUGUUCUUGAUGAACGGGCCCGAAUGGCGCCACCACAGGCUGCACCUGAACCCUGACCUGCUGGAGCCCAGGAACACACACAAGUUCAUGCCCAUGGUGAACAUGGUGGCCCGGGACUUCUCCCAGACCCUGAGGAACAAGGUGCUCCAGAAUGCCCGUGCAAGCCUGACCCUGGACGUGCAGCUCAACAUCUUCUUCUAUAUCAUGGAAGCCAGCAACUUCGCCCUGUAUGGCGAACGGAUGGGCCUCCUGGGUCCCAACCCCAACCACGCCAGCCUGAACUUCCACGAGGCCAUGAAGAUCAUGAUGAAUUCCACCGCACAGCUCUACAUGCUGCCCCAGAGCCUGUCCCGCUGGGCCAGUGCCAGCGUUUGGGCCGAGCACUACCAGGCCUGGGACACCAUCUUCCAGUUCGCCAACGACGCCAUGCAUAAAGUCUACCAGGACCUGGCGCUUGGCCGCCCGCAGCACUACAGUGGCAUCAUGGCAGAGCUGCUCCUGAACUCAGGCCUGUCUCUGGAAACCAUCAAGGCCAAUGCCGUGGAACUCACUGCAGGAAGUGUAGACACGACAUCUUACUCUCUGCUGAUGACCCUCUUUGAGCUGGCCCGCAACCCUGAUGUCCAGCAUGCCCUGCGCCAGGAGAGCCUGGAGGCUAAAGCAACCCUCAGUGACAGUCCCCACAAGGCCCGCUCAAAGCUGCCCCUGCUGCAGGCUGCCCUCAAGGAGACCCUGCGGUUGUACCCCGUGGGUUUAACAGUGCAGAGGAAGGUGGCAUCAGACCUGGUGCUGCAGAACUACCACAUUCCAGCCGGGACCUUAGUCAUGCUGAACCUCUACUCCUUGGGUCGAAACCCCAACGUGUUCCCGAGGCCAGAGCGCUAUGACCCCCAGCGCUGGCUGAACAAAGACUCCACAUCCAACUUCAAUCACGUGGCCUUCGGUUUUGGGGUGCGCCAGUGCGUGGGACGUCGAUUGGCGGAGGCAGAGAUGCUGUUUUUCCUGCACCAUGUGCUGACGAACUUCCUGGUGAAGACCUUCUCCUCUGACGACUUAAAGAUGGUCUACCGCACAGUGCUGAUGCCCUCCAACUACCCCCUCCUCACCUUCCAGGCCGUGGACUAG